CAAAAGCAGAUGUUUCAAAAGCUCUCUGAUGAAGGGUCUAGGCCCGAAAUGUCAGCUUUUGUGCUCCUGAGAUGCUGCUUGGCCUGCUGUGUUCAUCCAGCCCCACACUUUGUUAUCUUGGAUUCUCCAGCAUCUGCAGUUCCCAUUAUCGCUCAUUUCCCCCUCGUUCCCUUUCCCAGAGCAUUAAACUUAUGCUGCCAUGUUCUUGUGUAAUCAUGGGACAAGCUUUUGUCUGCCUUCAUACCUUACUUCCUUUCCACCUCUCUUCAAUCCAGUUGGAAACAACAUCAACUUCAUACAAUGUACUGAGAGCAAUUAUUCAUUUAAAAUUGCCAAAAUAUUCUGAAAAUUUGAAAGAAGCAAAAUAACGGUGUGAAAACUGUCGGGUUUUCUUUUUUGUGGGAUCAAAGGAAUUUCCAAAUUAAACUAGUCAAAAUUCAUCUACUUCUGCAUCUACCAUCCUGGUUGACGCAUGAUGCAGUGAAAACAGAGUUGUUGAGUAAGUGUAGCAAUCGAUCUGCAUCAAUUAGUCCCUAACAGGACCACAUAGAUUCUGUUCUGUUAAUUGUACAAUCGAUCGUGGAAGUGAUUUUCCUGUAGAUUUAGUUUUGAAUUUGCCUCUCUUCAAUCAGAGACUUUGUCCUCUGGUUCUAAUGUUCUAGACAAGAUGUUGGAUCCCUUUCUGAGACAUAAGAACAGCAAAUCAUAUUACUUUCUUUUCAGUGGAAUAUGCCCAGUUUGUACAAUCAGUACUCAUCCACCAACCCCUCAUUCUCUCAGCCAUUCUGGGUGCUGCCUUGUAUUUCCCGAAUGUAAUCAAAAGAAAGGAGUUUUCCAAAAGAUGUAUGUUUAAUACAAAGAAUGUGAAAAGACGUGGCUGACAGUUUCAUUGUAUUUCUUUUCUCUCCUGUUGCUCUAUACUACUAAUGUUUUCUGAACACUCGGGGGCUGCCAAUAUUGACAGUGUUCUGCAGGCACUGGAGCAAGUGGCAUUUAUUGCCUAGUAAGCUUCAACGAUAACUGGAAAAUAAAUAGUUCCUCAGUAAUGGGGCUGACACAUCUUUUUAUGUCAUUUUAUACAUUGAACCUCCUCCCUGCCCCCACUUGUAUUUCUUCGGAUAUUUUUGGCUAUUUAUUUCCAGCCAUCUUUAAGUGGCUUUGCAAAACAGUCAUUAAUAGCUGUGAACAGUGUCAGAAAGGUCAUGAAUGGAUUCUCCUUUACUCUCUGCAGUAAUGCUCCUGAGGCACUCCCCAUGAUAGCGUAGUUGAGAUUGAGGACUUCUGGUGCAAUUAUUUCACGUAUAAACCUCGACGCCACAUGAUGUUUGAAACUAUGUGGUAUUGCACAAACACCCUCACUUGUUCCCUAACAGUUUAAUCCCAAUGCAGUGUCUACUAUUGUUGACAGAGUGAAAGUGUAUUCUGUGUAUCUGUACAGUAUGCUUAUGUGGCAGAAAAUAAUUUUUCAAGUUCACUUGUUUAUUGGUGCACCACAGCUAUUUUAUGGAUGUGUAUACCGUAGAUAAGCAGUAAAAGUCGAGCUCAUAUCUUCAAAUAAACACUCUUAGUCAUUAAGCAGGAUUAGUAGAACCUUCUGAUGCUGUAAGUAAUAUAAUUAUGUGCCUUACUGUGCAAGGAUAGGAAACCGAGCAAGGCUGUUUUCAAUUCCUGUUCAACAUUUUAAAAAUAAGGUGCUGUCUGAGAAGGCGAUGAUGCCCUCACAUCGAUGGAGAAGUUGUGAGGUUGCUACGAUAAGGAUCUAACACACCGGCACUAGUCCAAGGCCACUGAGAAGAGAAAGAAGUCUUUUUACAAGGAAGGUGAAUCUAAGAUGUCCUUAAGCAGCAGCAGUUCAGCUGGGAAAGGUGUGGAUUCGAAUGCUGUUGAUGCCUACGACAGUGGGGAUGAGUGGGAUAUCGGAGUUGGGAAUUUAAUCAUUGACUUGGAUGCAGAUUUGGAAAAGGAUCAGCAGAAAAUGGAAAUGUCGGGAUCGAAAGAUGGAAGCAUCCCGGUUCCAAGUGCAGUGGCAGCUCUGCCAGAGAAUAUCAAGUUUGUCACACCAGUUCAAGCACCUCAGGUGAAGGAGAGCAAAUCAAAGGCAAAGAGAAAUAAGAGUGCAAAGGAUGGGGGUAAAUCUGUGUCUGCUGCUUCCCUCUACUCACUGGGAGAACCAGGAAGUGGGAAGAAAGAGAUGCAGGGCCGUUCUGGAGAUUUGACAAAUCCCAGCGGACUGGGGUCUUCCAACAGCACAUCCAAAGGGUCAGAAAAGGGCCCAAAGACUGUCCGGAAUGGAGCCGGAUCGAAAAAGGAAAAGGAUGGUGGAUCAAGCAAAAGCAAAAAGGAUAAAAGUGAGAACAGUGGAGUUGUGCAGCCUCCCCCUGGUAAUGAUCCGAAUGCUGCACAACAGCUAGGGUUGGGGUCAGGGUCAAAGGGCAGCUCAUUUGAAUGUGCUCCAGGCACAAGCUGUCCAGAUGGGGCUGCAAGUCAAGUGCUGGAUUUGGGAAAUGCACCAGUGGAUAGCAACACCAUCUCUAAUCUGUUGGGAAUUAAAACAGAGCCUGAGGAGGUUGAAAGUGAGUGUCGACCACUGAAGAAGAUGAAAACAGAGAAGAUGGACUCCCCUGCCUCCACACCAGCCCCUCCACCCCUUCAUCUUCUGCCUCCAGUCAGUAGUGGAGUUGCGUCCCCCGUGGAGCAGAUCAUGGUCCGGACCCGCUCAAUUGCAGUCAAUACCUGUGAUGUUGGACUCGCAACAGAGCCUGAAUGCCUAGGCCCCUGUGAGCCAGGGACAAGUGUCAAUCUCGAAGGUAUUGUCUGGCAGGAAACGGAAGAUGGUGUCCUGGUGGUGAAUGUGACAUGGCGAAACAAAACUUAUGUUGGAACACUUCUGGACUGUACAAGACAUGACUGGGCACCCCCAAGGUUUUGUGAAUCACCUACGAGUGACCUUGAAAUGAGAGGGAACAAUCGAGGUAGGGGGAAGCGAACACGCCCCACUCCAAAUACCCCAGCGAUUGAGACCACCACGGUGCCAGACAGCAAAGUUGUCACCAAAACCCGGGCAUGCACAAGUAGCAAGGGGCGUCGGGGCAGCCAGAACUCCUCUGACAGACGCACCCCAACUAACACAGUUGAAGAUAUCAAGGCAAGCCCUUCAGCAGGAAACAAACGGAAAAACAAACCUGCUCCAGACUUGGACUUAACCUCAAGUUCUGAGGACUCAAAAGGAGGGAAGAGAAUGCGUUCAAACUCACGAGGAACCGCAACCCCGACUCCAGUUACAGGGAUGAAAACUGAGCUUCCUGUGCCCGAACAUAAUUGUCCGUCACCCAUUCUCAUUGAUUGUCCGCACCCCAACUGCAACAAGAAAUACAAACACAUUAAUGGCCUGCGGUACCACCAGGCCCACGCGCAUACAGACAGUGAUGGGAAACUUGAGGGAGACAUCGACAGCGAGGAGAAGAACUCAGACGGUGAGGACUGCGCCCAACACCCGUCGCUGAGCCAGGAUUCUAGCAGCUGCAAUGGCUCUUCCAGCUCUCUCUCAUUCUGCCAGGCAAAGGGCUCCAUGUCCCCUGCUCGCUCGGCCACACCCAAAGGCAGGAGAGAAGGCAGCAUGGAAUCUCAUAGUCCUUCACCUGCUGCAAAGCUCAUUGCUGGUAAGGGUUCGAGUAAAAAGAAAGUCUCUCCAGAGGCUGACACAGAGCCUGGUGGGAUGUACAAUAUUGAGUGUUCAGAAGAAGGGCCUCCAGUGGCCAGCCCAAGUGAUGAUACAGGCAAUGAUGGAGAUGAUUCGAGCGAAAAGAAGUUGGUCUUGGAAAAAGAUAAAGCCAAGAAGUCAAGCAGCUUGAAAUCCGAAAAGCUUCCACUCAAAACCAAAUCAGCCAGGCCCAUUGUCCCUGCCGUGUCUGCACAGAUGUACGGCUUCCCCACUGCUGGUUUUACGGCAUCUGGCCCAGGGCCUGCUCCAAGUCUGGCCACCACUGUGGUCCAAGCGAUGUCCAAGAGCCCCCCACUCAAAGCCAUUCAGCCCAAGCCAACUAUCAUGGGGGAGCCAUCGACAGUCAACCCAGCCCUCACCCCCGUAAAAGAGAAGAAGAAAAAGGAAAAGAAAAAGAAGGACCCCAAGGAAGCAGCGAGUCCCAAGCCACUGGGGAAAGGUGGAAAGUCUGAGGAUGGCAAAAGCCCCUUCCGAGAUUCUUCUGCAGAUGUUGUUCCCAAAGGCGAGGGCCUCUUAAAUGGUUCAUCUGAGUCACAUGAGAGUCGCCUGGCAAGUAUCAAAGCCGAAGCAGACAAAAUCUACAGCUUCACUGACAAUGCGCCGAGUCCCUCCAUAGGCACAGCCAGCAGGCUAGAGGGCACCAGCUUGGUAACACCUAUCGCACCCUUACACGUGGUGACGCAGAACGGAGCCGACAGCUCUUCAGUCAAGACCAAUAGCCCAGCUUACUCUGAUAUCUCUGAUGCAGGAGAAGAUGGAGAGGGGAAGGGAGAAGGUGCCAAAGUCAAAACAUCAUCUCCGGACCAAAUGGCUAAGGAAAGUGCCAAGAAAGCAUUAUUUUCCUCCUCGUCGUCAACCUCCUCUUCCUCCUCAUCCUCUUCUUCAAGAACUCAGCCACCUUUGAAUAAGGAAACUCACUCUCCUUACUAUCAGGGUUAUGACACCUAUUACUCUCCAAACUACCCCCACUCGAGCCCUGGCGGUGCCAGUAGUAGUUCAGGAGCAGUCAGUCAUUCAGUCAAAAUCAAGAAGGAAGUAGAGGAGGAGGGUGCAGAGGUGAGGGUCAAAGUUGAAAGUGCAGACGAUAAAAAGAUUGACAUGAGCAGUACAUGUCACCAUCCUUCAGUGAUCCAGCAAAGGCCUCAAAUGUACAUGCAACCUCUCUAUUAUGGCCAGUAUGCGUAUAUGCCCCAGUAUGGUUACAGUGAGCAGGGAUACCACAGUCACGUAAUGAGCACAAACCCAGCAUACAGGCAGCAAUAUGAAAAGCUGUGUGAGGAACAACACAAGCAGAGACAAGAGCAGAAUCGUGGGAAACACAACACCAACGACACUGAGAAAAAGCAAGAGCAUAGCAUUAAAGAUCGAGACAGAGAGGAAUGGAAACAGAAGCCUCCUGCCUCAGCCACACUGUCAAAGGCUCCAAGCUUGACAGACCUUGCAAAGCCGGUGCCCAACAAGCCCAAGGACUCCACGGACUCCAUGAAAUAUGCCGUUAUGGCAAAAGCAGACGAUAUCUCCAAGAUGCAAUCCCAGCAAGCUGAGGGACUAAAGAUGAAAUUGACUGAGGGGAGCCACCUUGGCAGGGAAUUAUGUGAAACAAAACCCAGUCUAGAGUCAAGCAAACACUCAGGAAUGGAUCCAACGCUAUGGUACAGGCAGGAAUCUGAGAGCAGGCUGUGGUCUUACGUCUAUCCAAACAAGUACUCAGAGCAGCAAAAAGCAGAAGAGGAAAGGUGGAAGGAAGUGGAGCGGGACCGGAAAUUCAAAGAAGAAAGCUCUUCGCGGCUAAGAAGCAAAGAGAUAGCAGUUAAAGAGGAGAGCAAAGACAGCAUGUGCUUGGAAUCCCGUUCGACCUCUCUGGAAGAGUGCCGAUCUGUUGGGAAAGAUCCCAGGUCAGGACUUCAUAUUCCUGUGUCCUCCUCGAUGGUUCAACACCCAUCUUACAUGCCGUAUGUCCACGGCUAUCCAUAUGGGAAGCCAUAUGAAACACCACACCCGGGAUUUCGAGGAAUGACGCCAAUGAUGAUGCAGAAUUAUCCAGGGUCGUAUUUGUCCUCUGGAUUCUCUUUCUCACCUUAUGCCAAUAAGGUUCCAGGGCAUGAAGACAGCGAUCGAGCUCGUGGGAGCCCUGGUGUAGGCAGCAAGCCGAGUUCAGAAUCCAUGGCCCUUGAUAUCCUGCAGCAGCAUGCCAGUCAGUACAAGAGCAGGUCACCAACAACAAGUGAUAAACCUCCUCAUGAAAGAGAACGAGGAGAGCGAGAGAUCGAUAAAGAACGCCCCCGUUCUUCACCGUCCCAGCGACAGAUCACCUCACAUCAUCACCUUGGGAUGGGUUACCCGUUGCUCCCAGGCCAGUAUGACCUACCGUAUGCAACAGGUCUAUCCUCACCAGCCAUUGUUACAAGCCAACAGGCUGCUGCACAGGCCUCAGUGUCGACCCUGUUCCCACCAGCCAGAAGGUGAGAAUGGAUCUGAUGGGAUGCAAUCACUUCAUUCAAAAUCAUGUGACUGGAUCACAUGAGGACGGUCUCCAUUUUCUUAAACAUCAGUUCAAUGGUGUUCCUGGUUACUGCCAUGAAGUUGGGCAGACUAUUGUAAUGUUUCUCCUGUAGGACUGUAGAGACCUUGGUAAUGGAGUUCUGAUGCUUAUCAUAUGCAUUCUAGUGGUCAAGAGCAAGAGGGGUGACAGGCCUGCCUGUCUCACUGUGUAGAUGUAUUGUAGAAUGCACUCUUACCUGACUUGCCACCCCUGCCAGUUUUUUAAGACUGAAUGCAUCAUUGCUGUUGUUGAGUUCACUGCUUUUUGAGGGCUGAAGGGUAUGAUAACACUGGCCUGCUCUAGGGCACUUCUGACCCUCGCGCACUCUCGAAUGACUUGGCCUGGAUUGGAAGUCGUUGUUUUGCAAGUGACUCAAUCAUUACUGGCAUCGUGAACUAAUUGUGAAACUUUAUUUUCAAUGAACAAUGAAUAAGAUUCGGGAAUAUUGGUGCUAUUACUCUGCUUUCUUGUUCUGUGCUACCCUGUUCGGUACACCUUUUAACAGAGAAGGAAGCCCAGGAGCCUUAACCCCAUGGGCCCUUGCCCUCCCAACUCCAGACAAUGUUUUGUGCGGCAGGGGACAAAUUCUGCCAGCUCUUGAGGUCCCCUUCUCCAUUGCAGCACAGGACAGAAGGAGAGCGACUUUUCUCCAGUGUGAGCUGGGCUGUUCCUUCAUUACAAGGCAGAGACAGUCUCAUCCUGGUUAGAUUUGACAUUCAUCUGAAGUAGAAAUGACAUUUGAUUAGCUCCUUGGAACUUCUGGCCACUUCAGAAGUCUGCCUGGAGUUGAUUCAAAUGUUGAGGCAAAGCAAACACCGCUGUCCAAGCUCUGUCUACACUCAAUCUUUUCUUAUAUUCCUCAAAGUGAGAAGUUGCUUUGGGCUGGGGAGUGGGAACUUCCCCUGUUUCAGGCAUCUGAUAUAGUUAGCUGUGCAAAACCUCUUCAUUUUCAGUUCUGCUCCAGCCCUAGAGGAGCCUGCAGCCCGUACCACCAGAAUGGCACUUUCUCCCAUUAGUCGUGGGCCGUGCCCAUUGGUCUGUCUGCCAUUGCUGCCACAUACUGGAAUCCUGAGUUGUGUUGAGCAGUCAGCCUUGUCUAACCGAUGUGUGAUUGAGACUAGCCAACCUCAUUGCUCAUGGAAAGUAACUGGAGGAGGGGUUCUAGCUGGCUGAGGUCUGGUUUGUUGACCAUUCCGUCAAACUGAAAAGUCCUGAAACACAUCUGCUAAUGGUACAUCACCAUCCUGCCCUACAUUCUCUAAAUAUAUAUCGUGUACUACGACCAGCUAUCGAAUCCAUAUUAGGGGGAUUAGCAGGUAACAUUUAGAAUCAAACUGUGGAAAUGGAAACUGUUCAACUAGACAAGUUUCUGCUUGGGAGCAGUAGUGUAGAUGAGGCUUCCAUAUCCCUCCGCACUAGGGCACUGCAUCAGUUCCUCCUCACAACAAUUGAAAAGUGUUGGGAUACAAUUCAGAACAUGUCUGGGGAAGCACAGCAUUGAGGUCAUUCUGGUCACCUUUGAAAUAAGGCUUAAAGAUUAUUCUGCCAGUUUCACCCCAUGGUUAUGUUUUUUUUCGUUUGGAAACUUUGUAUUGAGUGUUAGUGUGUCAGAACACAGAGUUUACCUUGAAUUAAUCAGUCCCAGAUCUGCAGCAAGAAUUAGCAGCCUUAACCGUUGGGAAAUGUAAAUAGCAUCUUUUAUAAAGCUGGAGCAGCAUCCACAAAUGAUGUCAAGGCACUUACUCUAUGUAAGGUUCACACAAAGCAUAUGUAUCAGUUCAUUUUCCCUUCCAGGAAGCAGGUUUCAGCCAUUCUGUAUAUAAAUCCCUUCACCUCCUCGAUUGGAAUCUAGCAUGACGCACACUUGGCGUUCUGUGGUCCUUUGAUGACUUCAGGCACGUUUGAAAUCUGAAAAAAUUUUUCCUCUGUUCAGACUGUGAUUGUCCUGUAAGACAUGCACAAGCACAAAUACAGAAACACAAACAGAUAACAUGCACAAAUCCUGCGUGCACAUACCUGCCCCAAAUCUAAUGACAAUGUAAGAAAUUGUAGAUUAUUCACCCAGUGGGUGAGUGCCAAUGGUCUGAUAACCAGCCUGCAAAUAGAUCAGCUACUGUUGCAACACACUAACGUCUCAACCUUACCUGCCUUUGCAGAGCUUCCUGGAGACACCCAGGGUAGAUCCUCAUCACUGCACCAACUAUUUCUUCACUUUAACAACCUGUAUUUGCUGUUGGAAUAUUGGGCACGGGUUUCUUAAUUGUCUAGCUUCUGAAUUCUUAAAGCUGUUCUCAAGUUGAGGUUACAGUUUAAUGGCAAUUAUUGCACCUUUCACCCAGAAUACCUGGCACAGAUUUUGCUGCUCUGUCUUCUGUGAAUAAUAGAGUUGGGGUGAGGGCACAGUAACCCUAGCAUGAAAUAAUUAAGAGAUAACACAGUGUUUGGGCAAUCUUUGAUCAGUGCGGGCUCUGUGUUGGUGUUUGAAUCCUAUGCCUGAGAAAGCAGUGACCUCCCCUCAGCUGAUAGGCUGUACUCCUCUGCUCACUACAUCUCGCACUGCUGCCUUGGUGUAGCACCUGUCUUUUGGCUGUAAGGAGGGGCCUAACCUUUUAAUUAUGGUUUCCAAAUAAAAAAAGAGUUAAGUUUUGGAGGCAGAGUUUAUUGUUAAAAUAAUAUUUCGGUAUUGGCAAAUGUUUCGGUAUUGCCAUUUCGAUUUCCCAUUCACUCAGCAAAGUAAUAGGAAGUGAAUUUGUCUUCAAAAGGAGUGCCCCAGUCCUCACAGGACUCUGUUUGGAUUAGCUCAAGUCAGGAUAUAAUAAACCCUGCCAAGGUGCCACAGUGCACCCAGAGGGAUGUCACAAUCUAAUCUGCUUCAUCACCUUGUAAUAGAGAGUUAGAAUGGUCAACAAAGGUCUUUUAAAAAAAUACUGUUACGCUGUAAAAAAAAGCAACUUGUUUUUACUGUUAUUGGAUGGGUUCUUGAUGUUUCUCCCUCUCUCUUUGUGUCAUUGAUUUUAUGCAUUCUCGCAGCCAUUUGUUUUCAGGGUCCUAUGAGGCAUCCUCUCUCCCCCUCUGGUUCCAGAGUUCAUUUUCACCCUCUGUCUACUCAGUGUGUAAUGUAACCACCCGUUGUGUGCAGAACCUCAUUACUGCUGCCCGGUGCUGUUUGCUGUAAAUAUUGUACAGAGAAACUAUUGUAAAAUGUUCUUUUUAAAAGAAAAGUCCUAGAUUUUGAUUUCCAGAGAUUUUUUUGUUGGUGAAGUUGUUUCCAGAAUCCUAAUUAUGUGAUCUUUUAUCAUCUUGAACCCUGCUGUUAGGUGCUGGUGAAUUCCACGGUGUUAGUGGGCCCCACAGAAUCCUUCCUCUUCAAAAUGUGGAGUUUGUUUUAAUACUAAUGUAUGAUUUGCUUCCCAUUGCAAAAGCCUCCACUGUGCCUGACUGCACCUUCCUCAUUCUGGCUGUACAAAAUAACCAGUGUCUUUUACACUUUUUCAGUGGAUAGAAUUCCUGACUAAUUCCUGAUCCUGAUCCCUGUGCCAAGUAUCAGCCUGUUGCAUCAAGUCUUUUCCACUGCACUUCAACUCUAUUUCCGAAAGUCACAUUCCCACCGACUCACCUUUCUGUCAGUUUCUGCUCCCCAAUGCCUGUCAGCAGCCCUCUGCCCCUGGAGUAUUGUACAGCACAGGAACAGGCCCUGGAAAUACUUACUAUAGAGGGCGUGUAGGGAAUGAUCACCAGCCCAAUUUCUGGGAGAAUGGAGUCGUCCUAUGGGGAGAGAUUGAGCAGACUGGGCUUGCAUUUCCUGACGUUUAGAAGUGACCUCAUAGAAACUUAUAACAUACUUAGAUUGGCAAAGUAGUUGUAGAAAGGAUGUUUUCCCUGCCUGUGGUGGCUAGAGCCGGGAGAUGCAGCCUCAGAGUAAGGGGAUACUGUUUAGGACUGAGAUAAAGAAUUUCUCCUCUGAGUGUAGUGAAUAUUUGGAAUUAUCUAUCCUGGAGGAUUGUGGAAGCUCAGUCAUUGAGUUUGUUCAAGACGGCUUCAUUUCUAGAUACUAAAGAUAUUAAGGGAUAGUAUAAGCUAGAAGAUCAACAAUGAUCUGAUUGUAAGGUGGUACAGGCUUGAAGGGCUGAAUGGCCUCCUGCUCCUGUUCCUUUGUGCUCUGUCUUGCCCAUCAGGCCGGUCACAAAGAGAUAAAUCUCUGUACUGCUGCUUGUGGUUUUCUGCAUCCAGAUAAACAUUGGCCACAGUGCGGAAAUCACAAACUGGCUCUUACACAUUGCAUCCUUUCUGCUGCAGAACAAGGGGCAACUCAGCAUCAGCAAAUCUUCCGAGCUCAAUCUGCAAUCUGUGCAGAGAUAGCACAAAAUGUUUGUUGGUCUGGGUAAAGUGGAUCGCAUCAUGGCUGAGUUUUUUUAGUUCACUUCUCAUCUGGUCAGGGAGUGAUGUGACUGAUAAUUGAACAAGCUGGAGUUAGUGAAUGACCAACUUUGUCUUGCUUUAUGAAAGAUUGAGGGAUACAUGGGCAGACUGGGGCCUUCAGAUAUACUUGCUCACAUGCCCUCAUGAUCUGCUUUCUUUUUGUUUUUGCCCAGUCUCCCCUCCUCUGCUGCCCCUCUCAGCUGGGAGGCUAACAAUGCUGUUGUCCACAAACUAAGGUCAGUUUGUUCCUUUCAGGUGAAAGGUUUCCAGCUGAGUGGUAUCUCCCAGCCAGGAGAGCAGGGCUGUCUAGCAUUCUGACUCAGACACUCAGCUGCUGGUGUUCAGGGAUUCAACCCUAGGUUGCCAGGGGUGGGGGUAGGGUCACCCUCCAGUCAAUCUAACGCAAGAAAUAGUUCCUGUAACAAAAAGGGAUGCUUAAGCUUUUCAGCGUGACAACGGACAAAUACUCCAACUUGCUGAAUGGUCUGUCAAAUGUUUGGAAACCUCCUUCUGAAUUUGACCCAGUUUGGAACAGACGUGACCUGCAGUCCGGCCUCAUUAAAAGGCUUUCUCAGGCGAUGUCUGCAGGGUCCUGCUUUGCAGUCUGUUUCUGCUCUUCCUGUCCAUCUGUACAGCCGACUGGCCUGUUGGUAUCAAAAAGGCAAAGCUGUUUUUUUGGGACCCAAAAGGCCACAUUGACAUUACUUUGCUCCUCGCUGGAUACCACAAAUGCCUCGGUGAAUUCCAACACUGCCUCGAAUGUCACAACAGACAAAAGUAGGAGAGAGUCAUUUACACACGCAUCCAAUUCCGGGAGGAUUUCUUGCUGCCCUGUGGUGAGGGGAGGCUCAUUCCUUGGCUAGAAUUGAUGCAAGGGUUUGCGUCCAAGUGAAGGGACGUGUCCCAGCUUCACUCAGACCAUCACUGGAUUAGAUUUGAAUCCAUCCUUUGUGUAAGGCUGUGGUACACUGACCCACUCCCCACCGUCUUCACCAGUCACCAUCCAGGGGAAACCUUGCUGUUCUUGGAAUUUAUUUGUUCUGUACUGUUCUAUAGUUUCCUGACCCCGACUUCAAACCCCACCUCUCCCUCCCUGUGAAUGUAGCUGUGCGUCAGACUGACGGAGCCUCACCGGUACUUGAAGUGUAGACGUUUACAACAUAUUAUUUUUGUUGCUGCGUUGGAUUGGUUUCCUGAUAAGUCAAUUUAAAGCUCUUACUAGUGUAUCUCAUGUAAAGUGUAUAUUAAGGAGUUCUUUUUUAUACAGUACUGUACCUUGCCUUGUGCAUUUAGGCAAAAAAAGUAAUAAAUCUUUUUAUGAGACAA